GAGGGCGACCGAGCAGGGCACGGCCGUGUGUCCCGGGUGCCCGAGCGGGAAAGAAAACAGGAAUCAGCAGCCCAAGACGCGACAGGGCUCGGAACAGCCGACAUGCCUGCCUCGGGAGGGGACCCCAAGGGAGAGGAUUAUUCCACAGCCAUCCUACGCCAAAAACAUCGUCCUAAUCGCCUCGUUGUAGAUGAAGCAGCCAAUGAAGACAAUAGUAUUGUGAGUCUGUCCCAGGCCAAAAUGGAAGAACUGCACUUGUUCCGUGGAGAUACGGUGCUUAUGAAGGGAAAGAAACGCAGGGAGACAGUAUGCAUUGUUCUUACUGAUGAAUCUUGCCAGAAUGAGAAGAUUCGAAUGAACCGUGUCACCCGUAACAACCUCCGUGUGCGUCUUGGAGAUGUGGUCAGUGUACAGGCCUGUCCAGAUGUGAAGUAUGGAAAGAGGAUUCAUGUACUCCCCAUCGAUGACACUAUUACAGGGUUGACUGGCAACCUCUUUGAUGUCUACCUCAAACCAUACUUUCUGGAAGCCUAUCGUCCUGUGCAUAAAGGUGAUAUCUUCCUUGUACGUGGUGGAAUGAGAGCUGUGGAAUUUAAGGUGGUGGAGGUAGAUCCCAGUCCCCACUGCAUUGUUGCUCCUGACACAAUUAUCCAUUGUGAGGGGGAGCCCAUCAAACGAGAGGAUGAAGAGGAGAGCCUCAAUGAUGUUGGCUAUGAUGACAUUGGGGGCUGCCGUAAACAGUUGGCUCAAAUCAAAGAGAUGGUGGAGCUGCCAUUGAGACACCCAGGGCUCUUCAAAGCAAUUGGAGUGAAGCCUCCAAGAGGGAUUCUUCUUUAUGGCCCCCCUGGAACUGGGAAAACACUUGUGGCCCGUGCAGUUGCAAAUGAAACUGGAGCAUUUUUUUUCCUUAUCAAUGGCCCGGAGAUCAUGAGCAAGUUGGCCGGGGAAUCUGAGAGCAACUUACGCAAAGCCUUUGAAGAGGCUGAGAAGAAUGCUCCAGCUAUUAUCUUUAUUGAUGAGCUGGAUGCUAUUGCUCCUAAGAGAGAGAAGACACAUGGGGAAGUGGAACGCCGGAUUGUUUCCCAACUCCUCACCCUCAUGGAUGGCCUGAAGCAACGGUCUCAUGUCAUAGUUAUGGCCGCCACUAACCGACCCAACAGUAUUGAUCCUGCUUUGCGUCGAUUUGGGCGCUUUGAUCGAGAAAUAGACAUUGGAAUUCCAGAUUCAGUGGGAAGACUGGAAAUCUUACAGAUACAUACCAAGAACAUGAAACUGGCUGAUGAUGUGGACCUGGAGAGGGUGGCCAAUGAGACCCAUGGUCAUGUGGGUGCUGAUCUGGCAGCAUUGUGUUCUGAGGCAGCACUCCAAGCAAUCCGUAAGAAGAUGAGCGUCAUUGACCUGGAGGAUGAUACAAUCGAUGCUGACAUCCUUAAUGCUAUGGCUGUCACCAUGGAUGAUUUCCAGUGGGCUCUUGGCCAGAGCAACCCCUCUGCGCUGCGGGAGACGGUAGUGGAAGUGCCGCAAGUCUCCUGGGACGACAUUGGGGGCUUGCAGGAAGUGAAACGUGAGCUACAGGAACUGGUGCAGUUCCCAGUGGAGUAUCCGGACAAGUUCCUGAAGUUUGGAAUGACACCGUCACGAGGUGUGUUGUUCUAUGGGCCCCCUGGCUGUGGCAAGACCCUCCUGGCAAAGGCUAUUGCAAAUGAAUGCCAGGCCAACUUUGUCUCCAUCAAGGGUCCUGAGCUACUCACCAUGUGGUUUGGAGAGAGUGAGGCCAACGUCCGUGAUGUUUUUGACAAGGUACAGAGUACAAAGUUGACGGGGAAAGGAGAAGGGCUGACUGUUGAGGCAGGAACUGAAGGCAUCAGCUAUAUCCCAGUCACCUAUUGUGUCAAAGUGAGCUCUUGUUCUGGUGGCUUCAUCCAGACCAUGCCUGCAGCUUUUGAGGAACAGCCAGACAUCAUUGACCCAGCCAUCCUUCGUCCAGGACGUCUGGACCAGCUCAUCUACAUCCCAUUACCCGAUGAAAAGUCUCGCAUAGCUAUCCUCCAAGCCAACUUGCGAAAAUCACCAAUUGCCAAGGAUGUAGACUUGAAUUAUCUGGCUAAGAUCACACAUGGCUUCUCUGGUGCUGACCUCACCGAAAUCUGUCAGCGUGCCUGCAAGCUUGCCAUCCGUGAGGCCAUCGAGAUGGAGAUCAAGGCAGAACGGGAACGCCAGCAUCAGAAGUGCGCUGCCAUGGAUGAUGAUUAUGACCCGGUGCCGGAGAUCCGGCGGGAUCACUUUGAAGAAGCAAUGCGCUUUGCACGCCGUUCAGUCAGCGAUAAUGAUAUACGCAAAUACGAGAUGUUUGCCCAGACGUUACAGCAGAGCCGCGGCUUUGGCAACUUCAGGUUUCCAUCGGGCAAGCAGAGCAGUGGUGGAGGGGGCAGCAGUGGCAGCAACAGUGGGCAAGGAAGCCUGUUCCAGGAGGAGGGGGAUGACGACCUCUAUAACUGAUGGCCCCCUUAUGGUGGAGCGGAUGGUCUUAGUCCUGCUCAUAUUAUUGUGCUCUUUAAUGUUAAGGACUGGUGCUUGAGGCCCUAAACCCUGCCCCUCUUCCUUGGUUGCAAAUCUGCACUGCUCGGCACAAAAAAAAACCCCUCAUCUUUCAUUCUGAUGAGUAAUGUUGGGGUGCCACUUUCCUUUUUUGUCUGGCUUGUCUGUGGCCAGGACCCCCUUGGUUUUUCCAUUCCUCUUGUUUUUCCGAAGAUUAAAGCAGUACCUGUGGUAGUCAGAAGGGGGAGCCAAAGCUUAAGCAGCUGUGGCAGGAAUAUAAUCAUUCUCCAUCAGACCAAAGGUCCAUUUAUUCUAACAUUUUGCUUUCCGUAACAAUCAGGAAGCUGACCGUUGAAGCUCAGAUGCGGGAUUAAAGCUUCCCAUUUACCUAGGCCUCUGCCCCCAAAUGCAUCAGAAUGUUUCGCACCAGUACCUGCUCUUGCAUUGCUUCCAGUUUAGAACAAAAGGGAAUGGAGGAUGAAUGGUUUUCCAAUCUUGCUUACAAGCCAAGUUGUUCCUAUGGCCCCUCUUAGCCCCACAGCAAAGCCUUUGGACUAGUAAAUAAGGUGAAUUUCAACAAACUCUGGUCUGUGUUAUUAGGUGAUAAAGACUUCUGAAUGUCUAAUAAACUGAAAGUGCAUGCGUCUUGCA